AUGUUUGCAUUUUCUUUAUGCUCCUUGCUUUGGUGCACUAGCCUCCUGGUUGCGGCGACUCCAAAGCACGAUCUCGGAAAGAGAACUUCGAUAGCACUCAAAACCCGAGACUGGAAUAGUCUAUCCGAUGAAGAGAAGAAGGGCUGGUUUUUACGGCAGAAAAUCAAUGCUGAAAACAAGUACAACACCACGCCUAGAAAGGGCAAGCGUGCUAAGACUGGAACUAUCCAGCUUGUCGACCUGAGCAUUGAUGCCGCCUACGUGGGUGCCAUACAAGUCGGGACUCCGAGCCAAGCUUUCAACGUUCUCCUUGACACUGGUUCUACCGACCUAUGGCUUGCAUCGCAAAAUUGCAGCAUUGGAUGCAGUACCGUCACGAAUCGUUACGACCCAACCAAGUCAUCAUCAUAUAAAGAUACUUCUUCCCCCCUCCACAUCAGGUAUGGAUCUGGUGCAGUAAGCGGAACUAUUGGUACAGAAACUGUUAGCUUUGGGGGUUUUACUGUGACACAACAACCCUUCGGCGUCAUUGACCAAAUCACUUCAGGCAUCAUUAAUGAAGGUGGUGACUUUACAGGUCUUAUGGGUCUCGCCUGGCCUCGACUAGCUCAGACUCGUGCCGAUCCUGCCUGGCUCGCCUCGGUGAAAGCGAAAGAUUGGACCCAGCCUCUAUUCGCCUUUUUCCUUAAGCGUUAUUCAGACCAGCCAACCCCACUGAAGAAUGAGCCAAACGGUGGAUCUAUGGAUAUCGGUUUUACGGAUAGCUCCAAGUAUACGGGUAACAUCAGCUACAUUCCUCUGACCUCUGAGUCAUACUGGGCCAUUUCGAUCGGCGGGGUGACUGUCAAUGGACAGAAAAGUCUUAUUACUGGUACUGCUGCUAUCGACACCGGAACUUCACUAAUCGGCGGUCCUAGCGAUCAAGUGUCCGAAUUCUAUUCCCACAUCCCCUCUGCCCAAGCUCUUACUGGCGAGAACCAAGGCUUCUGGGUCUACCCUUGCACGACCAAGGUAGAGGUCUCUUUCAGCUUUGGGGGUGUAGAGUACAAGAUCGAUCCCCGUGAUUUUUCGCGGACAUUGGAGAGUACUGGUGAACAAUGUUUGGGCUCUAUUUUCGAACUUGGCCUUGGAGCUAACCCCAUCAUCAACUGGGUCGUUGGUGAUUCUUUCAUGAAGAAUGUUUACUCCGUCUUCCGUCAGGACCCACCCGCCGUUGGUUUUGCCGUUGCUAAUCAGAACAAUAAUGGUGGAAACCCUACCACUGGCCAGCCCAUUACCACCGGUUCCGCUACCGGUUCCACUACCGGUUCCACUACCGGCACCCGGACUCCUGCCGGUACCCAGACCCGGACACGAUCGACGGCUCUUUCCACAACUCUGCGUAGUGGUGGUGGCAGUGUAUCCAGGUAUUCCAUCAAUGAUGGGUUAGUUAGCAUUGUCGGCGCUAUGAUGGCCGUCAUUAUUGGCGUGAUGAUCGCGCUCUGA